UCAUGCAUUACAAACAGUUUAUUAACAUCUCUCAAAAUGUCAAUAUUUCCAUUAUUAUUACUACUAUCGUCUAAAUACGUGUAAAAUGCUUGAUUCAUUAAGUCAACAACGUUUUACAUUAUUAUUCUGCUCUUUAUAAUUAUUAGAUUUAUCAUUAACCUAAAUACUGUAUAAAGAAUCAAUAUCCUUAAUUAGCAAAAUUUGCUAAUGCAUCAAUACAAGUAUUUCAUUAUUUACAUAAUGAUAUAUUUGCGUUUCUGCCAGUUCUUUCUGUUUCAGCGGUAUACUGAAAUUGUCUCAAAGCAUGUUGUCCCGAACUUUGACAGGAAUUUCAAUUCGGUGCCAAUUGAAAAAUUUUUUUUAGUUUUAAGACGUAAAAAAUUAAGGAGUGAUUAGAAAUGAAAAAAUUUCAAUAAUAAGAUUUUAACGAUCAUUGUUUCAAUAAUUAAAGAUUUU